CAUAUAAGACGGUGUUUCAACUAGUAAUAGUACUACUUACGUAGGCACGCAGACGGUCCAGUUUAUUUAAUACUUGACUUGGUGUCAAUUCAUUGUGUAGACGUACCUUACAUUAUCCCUUAAUCUUGUGAGUCUUCUCAAGUUGUCGCCAUCAUGUGAUUCAUCCUGAAUUUUCUUAUGGUCACCCUUCCUUGAUGUGCAUGUGUAUCAUUAGGUUUGGUCAAUACAGACUUCCCUACUAGCUGCAGUCCUCAUUAUGCACCAUAGGAUUUCCUAGGUGCAGACACUGAAACAAUCACUCACGAACACCGGUAGGGAGGUAUCGAAUUAAGUGGAGAGGAAGAUGGCAGAGCUGCAGAGAUCUUCCCAAACAUUUCGGAGGUCUGGUUCAUCUGGUCUGAUCUGGGAGGAGAGGUUCAUGGCUGAAGACCAGAACCAGAAGGAUCAAGGGGCAACUGGGGAGACAGAUGUCAGCAGCUUAGAACCCAAGGAGCUAAGGCACUCCCGUAGCGUUGGGUCUACGGGAGCUGUCCAGCAUAGGGGCCGCGACAGGUCGGAGCGCGGCGGCAUGUCAUCCAGCGUCAACAACCAGGCCUUCCGUACUCGGCAUGUUCCGCCUGCUCUUGAUCCACCUUCACCCAAGUUUCCUAGCUGCAUGUUUUGUGGAAUUUUUAGGAAGGAAGAACCCUCACAGCCAUCCAAGCCCAGAAGGUACUAGGCUGCUGUAUGUAUUUCCUGAGUAAUUUGCGGCUAGGUUUGCAUGCUUCCUUGUGUGCCGUUGUUACCUUUCUUUUUGUUCUUCAGUAUAUCUUAGAAGUCGUUCACAGAAUCACAGGUCCUUGUACAUUAUGUGCAGAUGAUGAUUUUCCUCAUCCUACUAUGUAUGUUACUACCUCCAUCCUAAAAUAUAAUACGUUUUGGUAGGUUAGCCUACCAAAACGUCUUAUAUUUCAGAGGUGAUACAUUGCAAGGCUAAAGCUUAAGAGUCCUGAAUGCUGACCGUGGUCUAUGUUCAUAACCUUGGUCAGCCAGCGAAUUCAGCUACUUAAGCUGCAUUCUGAGUUCAUUUCUUCAUGUAACGAGUUCUCUUAUACGAUUAUCUACCUCUACUAUUUCUAUUAUA